AUGUCGACUAGUACCCAAAAGAUGCCUAGACCCACAUCUAGGGACGUGCCCAAGUUUGAUAGCGAUGAGCCUGAGAACUUGCGACAUUUCCUUGGGCAGAUGGAGGAUUUAUUCUCUGACUAUAGCAUCACUGACGAUGACGAGAAGAAGAAGAAGCUAGUAAGGUACACGGAUGCCCAUACCAAAGAAGAGUGGCAAGCACUGGAUGAAUAUACCAGCGGCACAUUUGCUGAGUUUAAGGAAGCUGUGCUUAAGAACUAUCCAGAGGCGGCUGAUGCAGAGACAGGUACUUGGGAGAGGCUGACGCAAAUUUCGCGUAAGUUCUCAAACAUUGGAUCUGACGAGCGUGAGACGUAUCUGAAGUUCAAGCGUAGGUUCUUGACUGAGGCAAAGAAGCUACAAAAACCUCCAGCGCUAGUUACAAUUCGAGAACUAGUGGAAAAAUUCACUGAGUCGUUGUCACCCUCGUUUAGAGAACACAUCGGUGCAGCUAGCACUGCAACCCCUGUCAAGCGACGGGAAGAUAUGCACACCCUUGAAGAGGUUGUUGCAGAAGCUGAUGACAUUGCGUUCAACACGUCUACUAGUUACCUUCUGUCGUUGACUAGUACGAGUAUGUCAUCUACUGGAGUCACUAGUGGCCCUGGUAUCAAGGCAGAAAUGGAAGAAGUAAAGCAACAAGUAGCUACACUACUCGAUCGCAUCGAUGCAGUAAUAAUGCCUCCACUGCCGAGGCAAUCAAGAUCUCAGAAUGACAACUCCGGAUCGGGGUCUUCAGACUUCCUCUGCUGGUACGACUGGAAGCCAGGGCACUUCGUAAAAGAUUGCCAGAACUGCCAGAAGCACAUAGUGGAAGGACUAUUGAAGGUAGUCAACAACAGGUUUGUGAUGGCCGAUGGCUCACCUAUUCCUCGUGAACCAGCACAGCUCUCACCCAUGGAUCAAGUACUAGCACGGCAUAAUAGUCGAAAGCAAGAGCAGUUGUUUUGGGAAGAGCAAAACGGGGCAGUGGGUGUUUACAACCUCGCUAUUCCCGAGUAUGCAUCUCUGUAUGCGAGCAGGCCAAGGGACGCUCGAGACGAAGUUAUUGAAAAACUCCGUCAAGAUCUCCAAUAUUGGCAAACUAGCAUGCAAGCUCCAAUGCAGCCUGCCCAGCCGACUAUCCAGCCUCAGUUGAUACAAGCUCCGGUAGCAUCUACUAGUAGUCAGCCAAUGAAUCAAUCGUUUGAUCCUAACUUGUUUUUGAGUCAAAUGAUGUCUCUUUUAAGUCAAGCCAACGGUCAGAACCAGACUAGUGGGCAGAAUUCUGAAGGUCAGUAUGUUGCUAUGCGCUCUGGCACAAAUGAACAGACCCAGCAGGGUUUCGAGUAG